AAGAGUUCAUGAUUGUUCCAACUGGUGUUGACAGCUUCUCCGAGGCUUUGAGAAUCGGUUCUGAGGUUUACCACACCUUGAAGUCCUUGGCCAAGAAGAGAUACGGCCAAUCUGCUGGUAACGUUGGUGACGAAGGUGGUGUUGCUCCAGAUAUCUCCACUCCAAAGGAGGCCCUUGACUUGAUUGUUGAUUCUAUCAAGUCUGCUGGUUACGAAGGUAAGGUCUCCAUCGCUUUGGAUGUUGCUUCCUCCGAGUUCUACAAGGAUGGUAAGUACGACUUGGACUUCAAGAACCCAAACUCCGACGCUUCCAAGUGGUUGACUGGUCAAGAGCUUGCUGACUUGUACUUGCAAUUGAUCAAGGACUACCCAAUUGUCUCCAUCGAGGACCCAUUCGCUGAGGAUGACUGGGAUGCUUGGACCCACUUCCUUGCCAAGGUUGACAUCCAAAUCGUUGCUGACGAUUUGACCGUCACCAACCCACAAAGAAUCAAGACUGCCAUCGAGAAGAAGGCUGCUUCUGCUCUUUUGCUUAAGGUCAACCAAAUCGGUACCCUUUCUGAGUCCAUCGAGGCUGCUUUGGACUCCUACGCUGCCGGCUGGGGUGUCAUGGUCUCCCACAGAUCUGGUGAGACUGAGGACACCUUCAUCGCUGACUUGGCUGUCGGUUUGAGAUCUGGUCAAAUCAAGACCGGUGCUCCAGCUAGAUCUGAGAGAUUGGCCAAGUUGAACCAAAUCUUGAGAAUCGAGCAAACGUUGGGUGACAAGGCCAUCUACGCCGGUGCCAACUUCAGAAAGUCUGUCAACAUCUAAGUAUGAGUAACGUUUUCCCUAUAUAGCUUCUUUUAACGGUUUAAGUUGUUUUCAUGACA